CGGGAAAAUCCCGCAGACCUGCGCAGUUCAUAUGUCUCGUUCAGUGUUUUUCACAGCGAUUUUGCUGCUGGCAAGCUAAGUCAACACAAAAUGGAAAUGACAGGGCCAGCAGCCCAUGUUGUAGUUCUUCUUUUUGCUUCAGUAACGUUCGCAGAGUCGUCGCCCAGGCAGCCGAAUACGGAAAACAUCCUGAUUAACGUGACAGCGGGCACAUUGGCGGACACACAGUUGCAGGAUGCCAACAACUUGCAGAUAAAUUUAAACAUCUCGGUGGGCGAGGAGCAGGUGUUGGUCAAUGAAAUCCCAGUUGAACUGUCAGGGGUCACCAGGUUCAACUGUCAAGCACUUCUCUUGGACAGUGGCAAUGGGAGCAGGGAGUUUGAAUCCGGGGACCUGGUGUCCACGGUCACCCGGGUGAUGGUGAGCCAGAACCGGCUAUACAGCGACUCAGAGGAGGUGGUGGCUCUGCAGGUGUUCAGCGAAGUAAUAGAGAUGGAGGGCAAAGAGGUCCAGCAGCCGGACAUGUGUGAGGUGAAGAUACUCAUGAGCCCAGAUUUCCAGAAGCUGGCUCAGUUUACCAACAUCUACCCCAUUGGACACAGUGAGAUCUUCAGGGUGCCCAGGGAGAAUGACGUGGUCGUCACAGAUCCACCAAAUCCUAGAAGAACAGAUGAAGAUCAGCUGAUCUCUCAGACCACCAGCCAGUACCCCCUGAAACACACAGACACCACCCAGGAAGAGACUGCAGCUCCUGGAAAGCUCCCAGAGACUCCUCUGCGAAUGGACCCUGACCUGCUGAACGAUGUCAGAUACGAUGAUGAAUUUGAUGACCGAGAGCCGAGCCAGCCGGAUCAGAUUCAGAUGGAAACCCCGCCCAAAGAAUUUACAUCAUCUUACUCUGCCAUGUGUCAGUGGGUGGAGCAAGUGAGGGAGCGUCUGAGGCGCUUUUGCUCCGAGUCCCUGCCCGUCUUCUUCCUGGUUAUGUGGGUGGUGGUGAUCGGUGUUGUCGGAUCAGCGGUCAUAGUCAAGAUCUUGGACAUGUUCUUCCCAGCGUGCGAACACAAGCACAUUUUUCACCUACACCCUGUCACUCUAAUGCCGGAGGAUGAGAAGCUGUUGGGCAGCAUAGAGACAGAAGCAGAGGGAGAAGACAGGAAGCCUUGAAGGAGGAUUGACUCAUUGCCAGUUCCAUUGUUUUCACUUUGUUCUUGUUUAUUCUUUAACCCUGGUUUUGUCCCUAGUUCAAAUUCAGAUUAGAGAACCACUAGCUUUUCACUUCAGUUUACCCCCUAAGCACAUUAGCCAUGGAACAGGGGGAGGUUUAAAGCCAUCCACUCGGCUAAACUCAGUUUGCUGGUUUAAUGCUAGUCCAUGUCGAUCCCUCAGAUUUGGUCACACGAUCAGAGUGGAAAAGAAAGUGAGGGGUUUAAAUCUGAACCUCAAGUUCACAUGGGGGGAUGUCAGCUGAGAGCUGUCAGAUUAAAGGUCCGCUCUUUCAGGUUGGAGUAUUAGAAAACUAGCAGCGUCUUUACCGGCAUCUGUGCAUUCAGCUCAUCAUUGGCACAGAAAAUCAGACGAGUUUGUGAAAAGUCACUUUUCUUAAGCCACCGAUGACUGCACCUCGUUACUUGUCUUUAAAAGUAACUAUCUCAGUAACAAGUGAGUCUUUACUAGCAUUUUUUUUGGAAUGUCACUCUCACCUCAAGGUCUAUUUAGUAGCGGUUCCUUAUGGAGAUCAUGUGUUAUGAUCAAUAGCUUUGAGCUUUGACGCUCACCUUUUAAAGGCAUAGUGACACAUUUUUGUGAAAUACGCUUAUUCCCUUUGAGAGUUAGAUGAGAAGACCGAUACCAUUCUCCUAUCGAGAUCCAGCCGGAAGCCUUUUAGCUUAGCUUAGCAUAAAGACUGGAAAAAGAGGGAAACAGCUAGCCUGCAUGAUAUAUCUUGUUUUUUCUGUUGUUGUUUUUUUUUAAUCUGUACAAAAACAGAAGUGUAAAAAUGACAACUUUUAUGGGUGGUUGUGCCCCGGAUGAUUUCGUGGCUGGGCGCGGUGGCUCGUCUUAGAAUGAGGCCACCAAGGCAGGCUGUUGCUUUUUCAAAAAUCAAGUUCAAACAAACCUGAACGAACAUUUAAUUCAUUCCAAUUAAUGUGAACGCAACCCGUGAUGUGAAGCUUGAGUCUGAGCUACAGCGAGCUGUGACCAUGUGGCCGGUGAUGUCCAUCUGAUGGCAGUCAGAGAGAGCGUCUUGCCCUUCAGCAUAGCCUUCGUAUUCCCCCACGCGGUGUCCUACAACUGCGCUGCAGCCACUUGGUCGUGGUUGUGGAGUAAGACAGUCAGCCUUCUCUCUGUGGGUAAAGAGUAUAGAAGCCAAAAUGCUUCCACCUGCUGCUUCUCAGAUGUUCAGUGUUGUGAUCAUCCAGUCCGCUUGGCUUUGCGUCCUUCUUCAUUUUUAUUCAUUAGCUUAGUUUACUGACUGAUAGGUCAGUGGCACAUGCAAUAGCUCAAGGUGGCAGUGAAUAGUAAGAGCGCCCUCUGCUGGAACACUGGGCAAACUACUUCAGAUGGUCUGUUGUACUUAUUGAUUGUAAGUUUUGAAUUCAAACAAGUCAUCACAGAUUAAAUAUUCAUUUUUCCCCCGCAUUCGAAUGGAAGUUUGAAUUUCAACGAAAAGGUGAAAGCUCCAGGAAGUCAGGACUUGAUCCUUUCAUCCAACACAAAGCAAGAAAGGAAAUAAGUGUAUCUCCUAAAAUGUGGAACUAUUCCUUUAAGCCAGCAUGGACGAGAAAUCCACAAAGUGCUCAGUAAAAAUGGAAGUUUGAGCAUCUGCUGUUCCAUGACAAGAAAAGAAACUUGAUUUACUGAUGAGAAAGCGUCAUAGCUAUACUGUUUUGUCAAGGUUUUUUUAGUUUUUUGUUGUCAUGUCACCAAAACUUAGCAACGCAGGCCAGAACAGACACCGGCUUAGGGAAGCAGAUUUAAAUACUGCAGGUUUAACAAAUGAAUAUGAACAAACUGCACCCAGUGAGUUUUCACUGAGAAGACUUUCUAUAUGUAGCAGUACUGUACAUGUCACAUGUUUUUAUCACAUUAGAUUUUUUUCUCCAGAUUUGUACCCCACUGCUGAAAACAAAUCAGCGAAGAAAACUCGUAAGGCUGCGAAUGCACUACAAUGACUUUAUUCGAAAUGCAUUUAUUCAAUAUGAGACUGGUUGUGUCUACUGGUCUGUCGUCCUGUAGGUGAAGAUGACAGAUGAGUUCUUACAGCAAUCGUAUUUGAAUCUGUUGCCACAGGUAGCUCUGAUGAAGUACGCUAAUGUUUCAUCUGCACAAGAUCCUUGUGUCUGGAAAAUGUUGUUAUGAAUCUUGUGUCUGCACAUUCUGUGAUGGUGUCCCCCUGGAUCUGAACGCCACCACUGAAAAGAGCACCUCCCUUGUAACGGGGUCAAUGUGUUGAUUGUCAUUCCUCAUAGUGCCUCGGCGGCCGUCUCGGGGCUUCUAUCCCUAAAGGGAGGGAUUAUUAAUUAUUUUACUCUGGUUGAUUUGGUGUGUGGCUUCCUUGUGCUAAUAUUGGAGAAUGUAAGUGAUGUUGUUCAGAUUGUCUAUGCACUCUAAAUGUGGAAGACUAAUUACUGCUAUGACUGUAACAAUGUAAAAUACAGUGUCUGCACAAGACGUGACCACACGUUCAAAGUGUAAAUUAUUGUAGGGAAGGAAUCUGCACUUGGAAAACUGGACUGAAACCUGCAUGGAUGAUCCUUGUUGUGCUAAAUCACAAUGACUGACUGAGAUGACACUCCCAGCAGGCCGUGUGUGAGGGACCAAGCAGACUGAGCGCAAGGCAGGUUCUAAUGGGUUUUAUUAAUUCAAAACUCAGCAAGUGUCAACAUGGUUUUUGUGUUAUUUCAGAACCCAAUUGACAGACUUUGUGUCUCCCCAGGGUUCAGUUAAGCUGCAGGAUGCAUGGUGUGCUGCGUUAGCAGAAGGUGCAUGUGUAGUCUAGCUAGUGAUGCAGUUUGCUGUUCUAUCGACAGGUUAUACAUUGAAACCAGGAAACUGCAUGACCACUCGAAAGAAGUCAACCUGUAAAGUGUAUGCCUCAAGUUCCACAUUGAUACACUCACCACAACAAUGAAACUAAAUGAGCCUGUAAGGCGAAUAAUGUGCCAGGCAUGAAUUCAAAUGUGUUGAAGAAUAAACAAAACAGAUCUGUUUUAA